CUCCGGUCUCCACCACCAAACAAUUAAUCCCUCUUCUUCUCUCUCUAGACUGGACCAAACCCUAAAACUACCCCUUGAUCGUCGCCAGCGGACCCGAUUACCAGUCCGAUACGAUCUCCAUUAAGCCGCUUCUCCUUCCUUUCCGAGCGAGGGGAUUGUAGAAGAUUGGAAGGGAAUGGAAGUAAAAAGAAUUGAGAGGUGAAGCUGAAAGAGGAGGCGAAAUGUACAAGAACCAGCUGCAGGAGCUGGCGCAGCGGAGCUGUUUCAACCUGCCUUCGUACACGAGUUUAAGGGAGGGUCCGGACCACGAGCCACGCUUCAAGGCUACUGUGAAUUUCAAUGGGGAGAUCUUUGAGAGUCCUAAUUACUGCUCCACUCUCCGACAGGCUGAGCACUCCGCCGCUGAGGUUGCUCUCAACUCCCUGUCCAAUCGUGGCCCCUCUCACUCACUCGCAGCUCGCAUUCUGGAUGAGACAGGGGUUUACAAGAACCUUUUACAGGAAAUUGCACAAAGAGUCGGUGCUCCAUUGCCACAAUACACAACAUUCAGGUCAGGCCUUGGUCACCUUCCAAUAUUUACAGGGUCAGUGGAAUUGGCUGGAAUCACAUUCACGGGGGAACCUGCUAAGAGUAAGAAACAAGCAGAGAAGAAUGCAGCUUUGGCAGCUUGGACAUCUCUAAAACAAUUGGCAAAGGAAGCUGCAAGUUCUUCAUCUGAAGUAGAGAACAACGACGAGCUAGAACAGAUCACUAUUACUCGGGCGCUGUUGAAUUACCGAUUGAAAGAAAAGGUAGCAAUGGCGAAUUCCUCUAAUGGCCCAAUAACACUUUCAAGGAAAUUUCCAGUUCAGAGUCCCAGACCUACAAGCCUACAGUCUCCCCCUGCUCUUACAUCAAAAAUCCUUCCAUUAAUAUGCCCAAAGACAGCUCUUCGGUCAAGAUUAUCGUCAACAACAGCAAACGAUAGGCAUGUGCCAUCAUCACCAUUGCCCACUCAGGAUGUCCGUGGAAUUCGCCCUCAGAAGUUCCCUGCCGCUGGAGCGGCUCCAUAUGUUCCCAUUCGACAAAUUAGGACCUCUUGCCAUGGUGUUGCUCCCCCAGUGACCAUAAGGACUGUUGUACCUGUUUUCUCAGCACCUCCAAUCCCGCCACCAUCUGCCAUUUCUCAUCAGGCAAUGCGGGCUGCUCCUGUUCGAGUUGCUCCACCUGUCAAUAUCAGGCAUGCUGUGCCAGCACAUGCUGCUCCAACUUCUAGAAAAGAAGAUCCUCAAUCUAUUCUAAAGGACGAUCCUCAAAAAGUUAUUCCACAUUUUUUGCCGGCUAAAGUAGAAGAGACUAAGUUGCUAGGUACUCCUGAUGUCACAGCUAAAGCAGAAGAAGCUCCAGCGGCUAAUCCUACUGCUAUUCCAAUCAUACCUCCAGCUCAAGUGGAGGAAACCGAGAGUCCAACUGGAAACAACCAACGAGAAUCUGUGAGUGCUACUGGAGACAAUCGGCCAGAAUCUGAGGGUGUUACCGGAAACAAGCAGGUAGAAUCUCAAACUGUACAGAGCCUGGAACAACUCAAAAUCUAAUCGCAGUUGUUGGGGAUAUGAAAAUAUGGGAGACGAAUGCAUGUUUUUUUGUUUGUGCUAGUUUUUUUGUAAUCUACCUGGAAUGCUUCAUCUUAUCUUUUCCUUUACUCUUUGCAUUUUUUAUCUGUGAGAAAUUAUAGUUGCCGAUUGAGUGGUGGGGUGAAAUCAGUAUCAGUAGUUCAAUAUUCUUUAUCUUUGAAAUAUUGAAGCAGGUUUAUGAACCCAGUUAGCCAUAUUGUUAGUUUCUGCGACUGCAAGCUCUUAUCCAUUUAAUUUAUGGUUUUUACUG